AUGACAAGAAAAAGCCUAAUUGCCCAAUAUAUCGUGGCACUAUUCUCUGUUGCUAGUGCAACGUCAUUGUUUGAGCCGUUAGCAGAUUUAAGUCCAUUAAAAAGCUUUAGUAAUCCCAGAAGCCUAGUUCAGGAAUUCAAGACUAAAGGUAACACACAAGAGUUUUCAAUUUUACAGUCGCCUUCGAAUGCUGAUUAUGAAUUGAGAAUUAAGUCUGUGGAUCCUUCAAAAUUAGGGAUUGACACUGUAAAACAGUAUUCAGGGUACUUGGAUUACAAAAACUCCAAACAUUUCUUUUAUUGGUUCUUUGAGUCAAGAAACGAUCCCAAAAACGACCCAAUAAUCUUGUGGUUAAAUGGUGGUCCUGGAUGCUCUUCAUUUACCGGCCUCUUUUUCGAAUUGGGGCCAUCUUCGAUCAGCCCGGAAUUGAAACCAAUAUACAAUCCACACUCAUGGAACAACAAUGCCUCUGUCAUCUUUCUAGAGCAGCCAAUCGGGGUCGGAUUUUCUUAUGGGGAUGACAAAGUUACGACAACACAAGCAGCUGGUGAGGAUGUAUACAAUUUUUUAGAGCUAUUCUUCCUGAACUUUCCCAGCCUAAGAUCGAACAACUUCCACAUCGCCGGAGAGUCUUAUGCAGGGCAUUACAUUCCUCAAAUUGCUCAUGAAAUCGCAAUCGUACACGAGGCAGAUGCGACGUUUAAUUUGACGUCGGUCCUUAUCGGAAACGGUAUUACAGAUCCACUAGUUCAAUAUGAUUACUAUCGUCCGAUGGCAUGUGGAGAGGGAGGCCACAGACCUGUGAUUUCGCCGGAAGAAUGUGAGAAAAUGGAUAAACAGGCACCUCGUUGCAGGUUUUUGUCCGAAGGAUGCUACUCAACAGGACUGACAUUUUCGUGCAUUGUUGCUGGCGCAUACUGUGAAAACAUGGCCAUGAAUGCGUACUCAAAGACCGGACUUAAUGUUUAUGAUAUUCGUGGGAAAUGUGAAACUGAUGAGGAUUUAUGUUAUGCUGCAAUGGGCGACAUUGAGAAGUAUUUGAACCAACCUGAGGUCCAGACAGCUCUGGGCUCCGAUGUAAGUCACUAUGAGGGUUGUAACAAUGAUGUAUUUGCAUCAUUUUUACUGACAGGUGACGGAGGUCGUCCCUUUCAACAAUAUGUCUCCGAAAUUCUAAAUAAAGAUAUUCCUGUUUUGAUUUACGCAGGUGAUAAGGACUACAUUUGUAACUGGUUAGGAAACCUUGCGUGGACCAACGAGCUCGAGUGGAAAAAUAACGAAGAGUACCGCUUCCUUCCACUUGCUCAUUGGAAGAAUGAGGAGACAGGUGAAGUUGCCGGUGAAGUUAAGAAUUAUGGAAGCCUCACGUUUUUGAGAGUUUAUGAUGCAGGUCACAUGGUACCAUACAAUCAACCAGAAAACAGCUUAGAGAUGGUAAAUAGAUGGAUACGAGGCGAUUAUUCCCUGGGAUACUGA